GGACUCCCUCUUUAUCGCGCUGCUGCCGUGCAGCGGUCCGUCAGUGUGCCAGCAGUCAGCGCAGAGCGCAGAGCGCAGCGCCACGCUGGGAGAGCCCGUCUGUCACAGAGAGGAUCUCCACACCUUUACAGGAUUUGAAAGACGACACGAGUGGAUAAACUUGAGCGAACGAGGUGAGCGAGCUGACUGUCAUUCUUAACGGUUCCGUUUGUAGACGUGUGAGUCCAGACUGAUUUAUUUGGGGAAGUUUUCCGGGUGAAUUCUGGUUUGAAUUGACUCAACCGGUCAGUGAUAUUGCGUGAUUAUUUUGAACUUUUCCUGCGUUUGACUUACGUUAUGAGGCAGCAUGAGGGAAAGAUCGCCGUAGUCUGAUCGCGCAUUAGCAGAAACUUGUGUGAAUUGGACAGCUGGCAUGAUUUUUGUACAGCUUCACAAACAGCCUAAGCAGUCGUCUGUUGACCAGACCGUAAUGCUGUGGUGGUGAGUGGGCUGUCUGUGGCACUUUACUGCUUGGUAUAAAAUCACUGUAUAAAUCUCUAACCCAACGAAUAGUACGCGUCUGCCCUUUUGAAAUUUACUGCAAGUUUACUUCAGUUUGUUUUCCUAAGCGUCAUGCCUGAGAUCUUUAUGGUGUGUUUAUGGACCAUAAGACAAAUUCUCCUUGGCAGCAUGUCUGUCACGAAUGUCAGUCUUUCUGUAUCCUUAACAACAGACCAAGUUUAUGGAUCAACCUAAAACAUUUUCUUUCAUUUUUAUUUACUUUUUUAAAAAGUCAACAAGUGCAGCAAUUCAUCAUCUGUCAUGUAAACCUAUAGAUGGACUCCCUGGUUUAAGUCGACCUUAAAGUGCAGUCAUUAAUCGCUGUAUGGUAUGGAGAGGGUGAGAGAGCUGACUGACCACUGUGCUCUGAUUAAAGCAGAUACAGCUGACCCGCGGCAGCAGGGGUCCAUACAGGUGAGGUGAGGACAAGGACAAGAUCUGCAUCUGCCCCAUCUGUCCAUCAGCGAUCCAAGUGCCUUGGUGCCGGCCACCCUCAGGUCACCUCAACCACGACGGGCGCCAAACAAUAAAAGUCUUGACCCAGCGUCCCUCAGACAGCCUGCACAAAGCAAAUAUUUGAGGCCAUUAUAUCUAAUUUCUCCAGGCAGCCGUCACUGAAAAGAUAAACAGUGAAGGGUGUUAUUGGGAGACAGAAAGAGAGAAGAAAAAGUGGGGGAGGAAAACGUAACCCUUUCAAAGUGCACCCUGUCUGCUAUUUCUGCUGCGCUGUGGGCAGGGAGCAUCUCAUUUGGGAGUGAUCUUGGCUGACAAAAAAAGGACUUCCCUGUGCCCUGCCUGCCCAUCCAAAUGCCUGUGUAAGUACUGGAUAGAGAUAUCAAUUUGUCUGGCUCUAACAUUGCCCAACAAAGACACUGUAAGCUAUCUAUAGAAAACAUUACAACAAACUUGGACUCUGUGGUCUCCUGAAUUGCUACCCACCUAUUACCCCUCAAGGAGGAUUCAAGAGCUGUGCGAACAGGAAUGAGAGCUGCCACAGAUUUGUACACUUGGAAGCACAAACACUCUCACUACGACUGAAAUAUUCACAGGGCCAACAACUGCUCUUUGGGGGCUUGGGGUGGGGGCACCGGAAGCUGUCGUUUGGAUGCAAUUUUGAUGUCUUUUCCAGCUCAGUGAAACAACAUGAAGCCCCUAACGCCGAUAGGAUCCCCUUCUCCCCUGAGGCUCCUCAACAAGGGUCCAGACUACCUGCGCAGGCAGAUAGAUGGUGGAAGCCAUGGCCGCUCAAUCAGUGCUGUGGAGAGGCUUGAGGCUGACAAAGCCAAAUAUGUUAAGAGCCAGCAGGUGAUCAACACCAAACAGGAGCCUGUCCUGGUGCCCUGUGCAACCCCACCACCACAGCCUCGGCGAGCUGUUUCCAUCCCCGGGAGCCUGACACCUCAUCUUCCCCCACGACGUUCAUCAAAUACUCCAUUUUCUACACUCUCUGGCUCCUUUACUUCAAGAGAUGAAUAUGAAAAUGAUGACUCUAGGAAGGAGAACAGACGGACUUCUGUUGACGUUGAGGCACAUAACAGGAGCAAUGUGAACAAUGUAAUGCCUCCCAACCCCAGGACUCCUGGGAAUAACAGCUUGGUAGCACCACACAGCGCACCUGUCCUCAGAAGAAGUACAGGCAAACGCAUGCUGAGACCAGACUCCCUCGUCAUUUACAGGCAGAAGAAAGAGUGCAAGAGCCCCAGCUGUGCAACAGCAGGAGAGAACAAUAACAUGGAGGCGAAGGGUUACAGUUUUGUCCGACGCCUCUUCCAAGGAUCCAUGAGGGAGAAGAGCAGCGGAGGUGAAGGCAGAAUCCAUAAGAUGGUGAUCGGUGAAGAGAAAGCACCAUCACGAGAUGGAGACUCUCGCAUGUCUUGGACCAAUGACAAAGACACAAUAGAUGGUGGACCAGGGAGCAGGAGGUCUAGUAAAACUGACCAAGAACGCAGCCCAGGGUCUAUCCCCAGCCCUGGGUUUAGCUGUAUGCUAGAACAUACUGAGAAUGUAUGUACAGUUGGUGCCAGUGAUGGAGUCAACAAUGGCAUCAGCAAUGGCAACCACUCAAGUAAGCACGAUGAUGAGAAUGACCCGUGGAGGAGGGCGUCACCCCCACCAGCACCGAGGAGGCAGCUGGGAGAGCUUCAGCGCUCUAAAUCCGACUUGCGCCUGCGCUGCUCGGUAGCGUUAUCGGAGCAGGAGCAUUUCUUUGAUUUCUGCGGGCUAGACAUGGACAUGAUCGAGCGUCUGGGUCGAGAUAAUUUCCUGUCUGGUGCCAGCUCCAUAGACACACUCUCAUUGGCCCUACGCAGCGUAGCCGGGGAUGGCUGCGGGGGCUCGGAGCCCAGCGAGUUCUCCCGGCACUCGGGAGACGGGCUGUUUCAGGAGGAGCUGGCCGAGCAGCUUCCCACCGGCGUGUCAAUAAUUGAGAGAAACGCUCGUGUCAUCAAGUGGCUUUAUGGGUGCAAGAACGCUGCUCGAGAGGGACCCAAAGAGUCUACUGUUUAACGUAGUGACAAGUAACCAUGUGCCGUGGAGUGCAGAGAGUUUGGAUUCGUUAAACCUUACCUAAAGAGGAGGAAAUCACCUGGUGUAGCAUUUGGAUCUGCAGACCUUGAGCCUUUUUUGCAGAAAUUUGCUGCUGAAAUAUACCAAAAGCAUUAAAUCAUCACUGAACCACUGAAUUUCAGAGACAUCAUUCACCUAUGGACUGUCAUUGGCCAGCAGCAUUGCAUCACAGACAAAAAUAGGACUUGUUUUUAUUUUUGAGCUGCUUCAGCAAUGCAGUCAAAGCAGCUGAGCACAAUUUGUGUGAGUGGGUGACAAUGACAGUCUAUGUAGGGUUUGUUUCAGCUGUUACAUUGUCUGCAUGUAGGCUUACUUUUCCGUGGCAUGUGAUUACCUUUAGUCCGUUCUUCUAAUCAACUUCAAAGAGUCUGUCUCUUCAUGCAGACAGCAAGUGCUACUAGUUAUCUCCUGUCAAAUUGAUAUAUUGUAUUUAUAGAUCCUAUGGAAAUAUUGUGUGGAUAUAGAAAGACCUUUUCGGUGAAUGGAACUAUUUCUCCCAGCAAGAUGUUUUGGUGUAUGUGUUUGUGUGUGUGUGUGUGUGUGUGUGUGGCUGUGAUCAGAGUGAACAUUGCUGUCUUCUCCAUUUGUAGCUUCUUUUCACUCAUUGACUGAACUGGAUUCAGAACUGAUCUGAAAUCAGCCCCUGUGACCCCUCACAAGGCACAUACGUAUAUGUUAGUCAUGACACAGUGGACACAGUUCUGCGUGCUUGUCACCAACACUUUCCCUUAAUGACUAAAUUAAAAUGGAAAACCACUAAGCUAUAUUUUUUUUCUAAACUGGAAAAAUGUUGUGUGAGUGUGAAGUGAACCAUGAGUACCUCAUUCGGAUCUGUCCCAGUUUAGUUUGUGUUGCUUUUUUUUUUUUACUCCUUAAACGCAGGCGUUGGAACAAACAUGCGAGGCACCCCUGUGGGGUUGUUAAUGCACUGAACUGGACAAAGAGAGAGAGAGGAAAUGAAAGAAAGAGCUGUAGCUUUUACUCUUAACAGAGAUUCAUCUCAUUUAAGGUUGAACACUGAGCUAGAUUCAAAGGAGCACCUGCAUCGUGGAAGACAAAGAGCCAUGCCUGGCCAGUAAUUAUUAUCAUUUUCAUCUCAUUUGCCAAACCCUAAAGAGGGUCAAUUCUCACACAGUGCACUCUGAUCGAUAAUCACGUGUGGCACAGCUAUCGAUCACCACUGCUAAUGCUUCAUGUGUGAUCGGUGCUUAGGGCUGUGUAAACUGCACAGAUGAUGAACAGGAACAGAUUCCUGUGACAGCAAAACGGGACUUUUGCAAGCAAAUACACAACACCAGGAGAUUUUCUAAAAAAUAAAAUAAAAUAAAAUAAAAUUUUCAAGUGAAGAAAAAGUCAGAAAAAUAAUGCAUUCACCUCCACAAGAAAAGGAGAUCAAAUUGUCAAACGCUUGCUGUGAAAUGUUUUGGGAUGUCACUUUUACCAUCUGGCAGUUUACAGACGUUUCGCCUUCCCAGCUGGCUCAGUCGGCCUGUUUCCCAUCAAAACAAGCAGGGGAGGCCGAAUCCGCCCUGCGUACUCUGAUAACCAGAGAUCUGACCUCACUUCAUCCAUCCUUCAGUGAUUCUCACUUUAUCUCCAUGAAAGGUCGUUUCCAUCGCUUUGCCUGGAUGAUGCCACUGAAACAUGAAUGGCGGGUCUGCUGAAAUAUGUAGAGGUCAGACCGAGAGGCACUGUGGACUGAGUAUUACCGAACCCCGAGGCCAUUAUAUAUUAGUACAUGUGACAAAUUAAUAUACAUGAAUUACCUUCAGCUUUUUUUCCCUGUAUUUAUCACCAGCAUGGCAAACUCCUGAACCUCCUUCAACUGGACUUUUUGUUUUAAAUCUCCCAGUUCAAAAUCAUUUGGUUGCAUGUUUACAAAGUGUCUCCAUAAAAUUCUGAAUCUCUUUUUUAUUUGAUUUGUAUGAAAGAUUUAGUUUUUAUUCCAAAGAAGUUUGUGUAUGAUGCACACAGCAAAUAAACACAAAGAAAGAAA